AUGGCAAGAAUGGCACCCAAGAAACCCGCAGAUUCCCACUUGACUGCUAGCCUCCUUGUCAUCACCGCGACUGCCGUCCUCAACCUUGCCUUUCCCAAGCUCUCUGACGACCCGAAACCUUCGAGUUCGAUAGACCCGACCCCGCUAUCAAUCAUUCAACUGACCAACACCCUACCAAAAUUAAUCCAUUUAUCUUAUCUGAAUCCCGAAACUGGUAGAUAUCAUAAGGGUCGGGAUGAUCUCUACUUCAUUGGCUUCUGGGUGGUGAUCUGGUUAAGCUUGCGAGAGCUCCUCAUGAAGCUCUUCUGGAAUCCGUUGGGAUCAAUGAUGGGCCUGGCCAAAGGCAAAAAGCUGCAGCGACUUUCAGAACAGGUUCUCUCUUUCAACAUACGGCAAUACUGGCAAGGUUAUCCUCACACCUCGUUGAAUGCCCUGAGCAAAUUCUACUAUUUGUCUCAAAUCGCGUUUUGGUUCCAGCAAAUCGUUGUCCUGCAGGUUGAAAAGCGUCGCAAAGACUAUUAUCAGAUGUUUGCACAUCACAUUGUCACUGUCAUUCUAGUAUGUGGUAGCUAUGCCACAAAUUUUACAGGUAUAGGAACGGCGGUGCAUACAACCAUGGAUUUAGCGGAUAUUCUGUUGGCUUUCGCCAAAAUGCUAAACUACUUGAAGGUUGGACCUAUAGGAGACGCGUCCUUCUUGGUCUUCGUAUUUUCCUGGAUAUACACGCGACAUUAUGUACUCCUCCGAAUAAUUUUCGCUAUAUGGAAAGACCUACCGGAAGAUAUCGAAUUUAUUUGGAAUCCUAGCGAGGGCCAGAUUGCUAGCCAAUCGCUAUGGAUUGCUUUCUUGGGCCUCUUGUCUGCACUCGAAAUCCUUUUAAUGAUUUGGCUCUUCAUGAUAUUGAAAGUACUGUGGAAGGUAGCCCGAGGACAUGCUCCUGAGGACACGCGGUCGGACUCAGAAGAUACCGACGACGACGUGAGAGAAAAGAAGGCAAACUACCCGAGGAUCCAAGUCUCCUGUGAGAAGCAACCUUUGUUGAAGAACACGGACCGAUCCCCCAGCGCAGGUAACAGAACGCAACAAUGA